AUGGCUGCAGUACACUCUCAGGUUCAAGGUUCUCAGGACCCCUACCAUCGUUUACCUCCUCCACCUGCUCCUGGUCCUUACCAACGACCGCCCGACAUGUACGCUCAACCUCCACCAGGAUCCCAAGUGGUCUACCAAGCCGCCGCCCCGAGGCAGCGAACAGCUAUAGCUUGCCGUUAUUGUCGUCGUCGCAAGACAUACAGAUUCGUUGUUCCGGUUUCGAGAGCUCCCCUGAUGGACGCUGCACCAACUGUGUUCGAUUCAACCAGGAAUGCAUGUUCACACCGGUGUCCUCGCAAGCGCAAGCCUUCGUUCCCGCCCAUGCAGCCUACCCUCACUUGCUGCGUCCGCAAACCCAAGGAGGGCGCGGUCGUGGCUAUCCCGGCGAUAACGUCGUGUUAUAUGGAGCUCAUGGCCAACCUCUCCCGCCACAACAGCAAGCGAUGCCUGAGAGCACACUUCCUCCACCACAAGGUGCUUAUUAUCAAGCUCCCUAUGGCCGUCCUCCUCAUAUGGAUGAUCGAAUUCCGCCUCCUCCUAUACAGCACCAUGUGCCUCACGAUCAACGCCAGCAGGGAGGUCGACGAGGCUCAGGUGCAGGCUUCGAGUAUCCCGAGCCCAUCAACCUCGCGCCAGUCUCCACAGGCCCUCAAGCACCAGGUUUCCCUCCAGCACCCUACUAUCAUGGCCCGCCACAGGAUAGACGUCCGUCUCCACAAUCUUAUGCCUACGAUCGUCCAGGCUAUCCACCAAUGCCAGCCCAUGGAACUCCGCCUCCAAUUGCGACUCCAGGCCCUUCACGUGGAGGAUUGA